AUGAAAGAGCUGGCAAGAAGAGUAUUUCGUGUGAGCGGAUUGCCAGGGACUCUGGAGGCUCCAGAAGAUAUCGUUGAGCUGCUCAGCAACCGGCUGGGUGUUCGUGAGAAGGCGAUCACCGUCCGUUCUCUUGCGCGGUCCUUGGGUGACCAUGAAAACCCUCCUACCACGGUGGCAACGGUCAUGUUCAAUGCUUGCCUUCGUCGGAUUGACGGAAAUCAAGAUGGAGAUGAAUGGCAUAUUGACCCCUUGGACCACAAUCUUGAUCGUAGACGCUAUAUACUGGACACCCACUUCAGAGGUCUGACGCCUCUAAAUGAUAGCAGCCACCCGCAGGCUUCAUAUGAUUGCAUCGCAAUUUCGGGUCUAGGAAGCCACCCUUUCGGGUCCUGGCAGUCCAAAGGAGUUAACACACACAAACCAUAUAUGUGGAUCUUAGACAACCUAGUUCACCCUGAAAAUCAGGUUCGGGUCAUACUUUAUGGCUACGAUACCAGGCUUCAAGACAGUCUUUCCUUCCAGAACAUCCAAGAUCUCGCUACGUCCUUAAUUGAACAACUUCAUAUCAAUAGGGGUACAAUGUGUAAAACACCGCUGGCUUUCUUAGCCCAUAGUCUGGGAGGACUAGUCGUUAAGCAGGCUAUGGUCUACCUGGCCGACGAACAAUCCUACGGCACGGAAUACCAGCCUCUUCGGGAUGCCAUACGUGGUGCAAUAUUUUUUGGUGUCCCAAGCCAGGGCAUGGAUGUUAGUGAUUGGAAAGCUAUUGUCCAAGGAAAUCCCAACGAAAACAUGAUUCGCAAUCUAUCCAUCGAAUCUGAUUUUAUAUCCAAACUCACGGAGUCGUUCAACGGGAUCUGGAAUGAACGUUGCAAAUUCUUCUGGGCUUACGAGCAGCUGAUGUCGCGCCAAGUCAAUACAGGGGCCGAUGGCCGACUGGCCCGAAAUGGGGAUACAAUCGCUCUAGUGAGCCCGGAAUCUGCAACGUGUGGGUUCAACAAACGUAACCCUAGCGUAACAAUCCCAAUCUCGGCAUCCCACUCCGGCAUGGUCAAGUUUAGUCAAAUUUCCGAGUACUUGCCAAUUGUGCGGGCAAGAUUGUUGGAGAUUCUACAACUCCCCUCCCCGCGGCAAAGUAACACCGACCAUGAUGCACAGUCAGACAAGUCGGUUUCAGCAACUGAAAGCCAUCCGCAACCAUCACCACACAUCAUAUUCGAGCUGUUGGAAAAGUUCCAGAACGUCUCAAAGCUGACUGAGACCGAAAUUAAUUCUCUUACUAGCAAAACUUUGAGCGAUAUUUAUGGUUCAAUCCAUCACAUCGAGAUGGAACUAGACAACGUGCCAAACAGGAUAAACCACCUUGCGCGACUAGAUCCAUUUACGGUGGCGAUGAAACAGUUUGGCAAGCUGACCGAUGAUAUUAAAUUAUUCUCCCACGGUUCGAAUAGCAUGGGCUAUGUAUGGGGUCCAAUGAAGUUCAUCGUUGAUUGGAAUACAAAUCGAUUGGGGACCGGCUACCACAACUCGACGGAUACCAGGCCCUAUAUCCUGCUCUUCCAAGCUGACAUAAUCCGACAUCUGAAACUGCGGCAUUGGCACCAGCUGUUCGACAGUUGGUUCAAAGGCAACAAAGCUGAGUUCGAGCAGAUAAGCUUCAGGACCGAUCAAAACAGGUGGCUGAUUGAAGGCAAAUCCAGUCAGCAGGCGCUCGAAGCAGCCCGAAUUAGGAGAACAAUAUCAGACAGAGUGCUUGAGGGAAAGAAUGAGGCGGCAACAAUGAGAAGAGAUACAGUGAAACACUGGCUCUCCGCGUUCGACAUUCAAAAAGAGCAUUUCACACAUCGAGGAAAGCGGCAUGACUGCAUGAACCCCGGUCGUUGGCUACUGAAGAGCCAGAAAUUCAUUAGAUGGGCAAGGUCCGAUACAUCGUGGAACCCGUUGCUUUGGCUCAGUGGAGCUCCCGGGGCAGGUAAGAGCGUGCUUGCGUCCAUCGUGAUCGACCGACUCAAAAAGCGAGGCGCAUCCGUCGCCUACUUUUACUGCAAGCAUGGCGAUGAAAAACGCACUUCCGUGGAAAGCGUUACAAGAUCAAUAUUGGCGCAGCUCCUUGUCCUGAACCCCGACCUCCUGCCAUACUUCCACGAUAAGGCCCAGACAGGUGUGUCACUAGCAUCGCCCAAAGACUCUGAACAAAUAUUGGGUACAUCGUUGAGGAGUUUUGAGAGGGUCUAUCUUGUCCUGGAUGGUCUGGACGAAUGUGGGCGCGAUGCGAGAGGGGCUAUCGCCAGGCGGUUCCGUAAAAUGGUUGAUCUCGAAAUCAAGGUGGGCUCCAUUCGAUGUUUGUUCAUCAGUCAGGAUGACGGGGUAGCCGCGGCUGAUUUCCAUAAAAUCCCGUCCAUCAAGAUUGGUAAUCAGAACAACGAGGAUAUUGAGAAUUUCGUCGGCCAGUGGCAGCAACAACUAGUCACCAAAUUUGGUCCAUUCAGCCAGCUUUCGCGCCUUAAGAAGAUCAUCUCAAAUCGAGCCAAGGGGCUUUUUAUUUUCGCCGAGCUGUUCGCAAAACUCCUUGAGCAACAGCUGAGUAUCAAAGACCUCGAAGACCAACUUCGUCCCGAAGUUCUGCCGGUGGAGUUGGAUAGUCUCUAUGAGCGUAUCCUUGAUCGUGUCCACGAAGCAAGACACCCUAACACUAUAAGGCGUAUCGACGAAAUACUUGGAUGGAUCGUUUGUGCCCGUCGGCCGCUACGAUGGGAAGAAAUACAGACCGCAGUCUGUAUCGACCUGGAAGAACGGAGCUUCGACGAUCGCAGACGAUUGGUCGAAUCGCCAAAGGAAAUGUUCCACUCUCUUGUGGUGUAUCACUCGAAUACAACGGUUGAGCUAGUUCAUGGAACUGCAAGACAGUAUCUGACGAAGAGGAAAACGCUGCCAAACGGUUCGGAAGAGAGGCCUUUGAUCAAGGUCGACGAGGGGAAUUUCUCACUAGCAAUGCGAUGCCUUACAUACCUCUCGUUUCCAGCGUUCCACCUCAGUCGGACUGAGGAGGAUAUUAAGUCCGAUCUACGCGAAGGACUCCAUCAACUGUAUGAUUAUGCAACUGCCUGCUGGGCUAUGCACCUGGAAGGGGGCAUUCUAAAUCUGGAAGAGUGCGAUCUCGCUCGUCUCCACAAGGCUUUAAAAAUCUUGGUCGAGUUGCACUGGUCCAAGUCCCACAAGCCUAUCCAGAUUACCAAAGAAGUGCGCAAAGUGUUGUCACCUUUUGAACGAUUCCCGGGCAACAUCAAACCGAAACAACAUAACCGUCUUUUACAAGCGGUAGCCUGGGCUAAGAAGCAAUCGGGGUCAUCAGGUAAAGGCCCCAACGACAAGGACGCGCUUACUCUGUGGAAAGUCACGGCCAAGAUCAGAUCAGUAUUGGAAAAGAUCGAUACCGAGAGUAAUGACUUCGCGAUAAUCGAGGAAAAAUAUGGCGCAAGACGGUACAAAUGUCCUCGGGUCAAUUGUUACUAUUACUAUCACGGCUUUAAGGAUUUGGGCCAGCGAGAACGACAUACAGGAAAGCACACCCGGCCGUACCUCUGCGUUGUCGUGGGAUGUCCGAAGCAGGCCUUCGGCUACGCGGUCGAAGAGGAAUUGCGACAGCACUUAGAUGGCAUGCAUUGCAUUAAGGAUCCCGGCCAAUCAGUCAUGCCAAUAUAUUCGACAUUUGACAAGCAGAAGGUAUUAAAGUCCAGGGGAGGCAACGCAAGUUUUCAAUGCCCCGAAUGUGAUCAGACUUUCACCCGCAAGCAUAAUUUCAGGCGACACAAGGAAUCUCACACUGCCGACCAGGAUCGUUUUAUUUGCGCUAAGUGCACCAAGCCCUUCCUGCGAAAAGACGCAUACGAGCGUCACGUGCGUACACACGAUGAGAAAAGGUUCAGCUGCGGCGGAAUUCGCAGAGACGGAAGGAAGUGGGGGUGCAAUAGAUCCUUCUCCAGAAAGGACGCGUUGAAGCAUCAUUACACCAAUACGAAAAGGGGGCAAAUGUGUGCCAAGUCUCGGCCACGGGAGUAA